AUGCGCCAAACAUUCAACACAUUUCACUAUUUGUUUAUUGAGUUACAGAGUUAUAGUGAAUCACUUUAAGGGAUCAAUUGAAAGACAACUGACAACUGUUUACAACAAAUCCUUACUUUGAUUACUAAAUACUCGCCAAUUAUUAUGACGACAACUCAUUGACCAAAAUAGUCAUUCAGUCAAUGAUUUGAUUGAUUUAAUGACAAACAUAUUGUAUUGAGUUUUUUCAAUUGAACGCCAACUCAUCACAAGAGCAACGAUGGAUACCAUGGAUGACGAUUCCGUACGUCUGGUAGUGUUAGGUGAGGCCUCAAUCCUGUCAACUGCUAUAAUGAGAGGCACUCAAAGAGGUGGCACAUCACUCAACAGAUCCACAAAUACGUCUCAAUCGAGACUAUCAGCACUAGUGGCCGAAUAUGAAGACGAAGAUGAUGUGGAAGAUAUAAUCACAGAUCCACUGCUUAAAAGUUUGAUUCGUUUGAAAACAAAACUAAGAAAAGAUAAAUUAGUUGUAACCGAUCCCAACUAUUUGAGACCAUUUUGUGAAGUAAUUAAAAACAAAGACGUGAGCGGACCCAUCACUGGUUUAGCUCUUCAGUCAAUCCUUAAGUUUAUUAACUAUGGACUUAUCACUAAUGAUAACGCUAUUCAAAUGAUUAGCGAUUCCGUAACGAAGGCUCGUUUCAUAGGCACUGAUACGAGUAGUGAUGAAGUGGUACUCAUGAGGAUAUUGAAUGUUCUCAAGGAGUUAAUUGUUAGACGAUAUGAGAGUCUGACAAAUGGUGCGGUUUGUGAGAUAAUGCAGAGCUGUUUUCGCAUUGCUUUUGAACCACGACUUAGUGAACUGUUGAGGAAAAGUGCGGAACAAUCGUUAGUCGAUAUGGUUCACGUACUCUUCAGAAGAAUACCUGAAUUUAAUCACGAAUUUGUCGAUGAGUUAUGUUUUCUGAAAAUGAASUCUAAAAUGAGUUCAUCGCUAAAUAAGAAGAUAAAACAUAACUCGAAGACUGAUUUUACUAACAAACAGAGUAUUAAAUUUAAUAAAGAUAUUUAUGCUUAUAAUGAUAAACGCCGACAUUAUUAUGGAUUGGCGUGUAUUCAUGAAUUGCUAUCAUAUUUAACAUCUUUGAUAAACCCGUUACCCGAAGGACAGAACACUGAAGCCAUGAUAAACGUUGGACUCACUCUACUGACUGUUGCCUUUGAAACAUCAGUUCACGGCAUCGGUAGUAAACAUAGCUUACUAUCAACUGUUAAAACAGAUCUUUGUUGGAAUUUAAUGCAGCUUCUUCAAAGUGAUAGACCUUUGAGCUCAUUUGCCGCAUCCCUUCGCUUAGCAUUUCUUAUAUUCACAAAUUUACGAAUGCAUUUGAAAUACCAGUUUGAAGCGCUUCUCAUACGGCUUAUGGGUAUAAUAACGACGGGAAACGCACCGUUUGAGUUCCGAGAGAUUGCCUGCGAGUAUUUGGUGGCUUUCUUCCGACACAUACCUCAUUUGCCACAUGAGGUCUACUUUAAUUACGAUUGUGAUCCAUACGCCUCUAAUUUAUUAGAAGAUUUGUUACAGAUUUUUUCCAAGAAUUGUUUUACCACUUUAGUUAAUACACAGCAAACGUCUAUGACUUCUGUUACUAACUUUCAGUUUAGUUUAAUGCAAAUGUUGUCUUUAGACUCAUUGUUGGCCAUUCUUAAGAGUCUACAAAAGGCUGAAUUAUGUCGCGACGAUACUUUAGUUGUGUGUCCGGCCGCCACUUAUGUCAAUAUUGUUCACAAUAAAAGUACUAAUGAUGUCAUUGAUGUAUUAAAAGAUGAUAAUAAUAUGAUUAGCAAUACAUUUAACCAACCGUUACCUAACAUUGUUUGUGAAGAACAAAGACAAAUACCUAACGAGACAAAAGAAGAUCCAAAAGAAAUGUCAGAAUCUCCACAAGACAUUGAUGUCGGCUCAAUAAGAAGUGAGUCAAUUGAAACUUUUACAGAGCUUACCGUUACGACAGAGACAAACGAUAACUUUGAAACCAUUACUCAAAGCGAUUUAAAAGAGAUAACAACUGAAACAGAUUUUAGUAAAUCUCGCGAAUCAGUUAAACCGCAAACAUUUGUUUCAUACAAAUUUCCUAAACUAGAAAAAGUGCCCAAAAGUACAAUUGAAAUAAACGAACAAAAGAAUCGCAAAGAAUUACUUUCGACGGCCACUGAACUGUUCAAUACAAAGCCGGCUAAAGGUAUUCAAUGUCUGAAUGACAAUCAUCUGAACACUUGUGAUAUGGAUAUCGUCUCAUUCUUGAGAGACAAUCCAAAGCUCGAUAAGAGACAAAUUGGAGAGUAUUUGUCUAACAAAAAGAAUUUAGAAAUUUUGAGGACAUUUGUCGAGAGUUUUGCUUUUAAAGACACGCGACUGGAUUUCGCUCUCAGAAUAUUCCUCGAAUCAUUCCGAUUGCCCGGAGAGGCACCCCUUAUAUCAAUGAUUUUGGAGCACUUCGCACAUCACUGGCACGAAUCAAAUGACUGUCCGUUUGUCAAUGAAGACGCCGCUUUCAGUUUGGCCUACGCUAUAAUUAUGCUGAAUGUGGACCAACACAACACUAAUGUCAAACGACAGACCAAUCCGAUGACAUACGAAGAGUUCAAAUCAAAUUUAAGACAAGUUAAUGGUGGCACCGAUUUUGAUCCCGAAAUGCUUAGAGAGAUUUAUAUGGCUAUCAAAACUAAUGAGAUAAUAAUGCCGGCGGAACAGCACGGGUUAGUUCGGGACCGGUAUUUAUGGAAAUAUUUAUUACGAAACAGUGAAACAGAAAAUGGCGUUUAUUGGUAUACCAAUGAAGAGUGCAAUAAAUCCGGUGUUGCUUUAAAUGAACAAAACAAUAGUCAAGAAUAUAGUCUUAAACUGUUGACUUUAAAUGGACCCAUAUUUGCAGUGCUUUGGGGCCCAACUGUGGCCGCAAUGACUUUCAUUUUUGAUAAAAUAAAUCCCGAACAACAAUCUGGUCUAACACGUCGUCUAUUAAAUAAUGGUUUUAAUAGUUGUGCCCUUUUAUGUGCCACUUAUGGACAUCUCGACAAUCUUGUGGUUAGUUUAUCCAAAUUCAUUUUAAAUACAUCUUAUAUAUCAUCACCGAUAAUGUCGAAUAAAAGUCAAUUAGCGGCUCAAUGUUUGUUUGGUAUAACUCGUGAAUACGCCAAUGAAAUGAGAGAGUCGUGGAAUAAUAUUAUUGAACUGAUCCUCAAUUGGUAUAACUCUAAACUAUUGGACGGUGCCUUUGAAAUUGAAGAUUUUGCGUUAGACUUCAAGAAAAUAACAUUUUGUCGCAAAGAUAAUCAAAAACAAAAGAUAGAAUCAGAUUCUUCGUCAACAUUUCUUUCGAGUUUUUAUUCCUAUUUUGCUGGAAAUCAACAGCAAAAUGAUUCAAAUGAUAUUUCUCUGACUACUAAUCAAAAUAUUAAUCAAUCGAUGAGUGAAGAGAUCCAAUCAAACGCAUCUUCUGGAUCUCAAACACGUUCUGUUAUUGUCAACAAUUAUUGUCAGCCAUUAAUCCUUAUUAUAGAAGAAUCUAAAUUUCUUCACAUCGAUUCUUUGUUAGCACUUCUCAAAUCUUUAAUCAAUUGUCAGUUAAGUAGCGAUGAUUUGGACGAUGACAUUGAAGUUUUUAAAUUAGAAAUAAUCUUAAAAAUCAUUUUAAUGAAUAGGGAUAGAGUGUCUGUAUUUUGGGGACAAAUAUCUAGAUAUUUAUUACGAUUAAUAAUUUUGUGUCCAAAAAGCGAAUAUUUAACUGAAAGAGUAUUGUCUACAAUCUUCCGUUUGGCCAUUAGAUUCACUCCAAGACCCGACUCAUUAAGCGAACAAAUCUUUUUAUUAUUAUGUCAUUUAUUGCUUACAUUUGAACCAAAUAUAAUUCAACGUAAAACAACAGCACUAGCAUUGCAUUCAUUUAUAUCUCAAUGCAAUUGUUAUAUCACUCGCACUGAGGAUUGGUCCGUAAUAUUCAAUUUUUUACUCUCUGUCGGAAUUGGUUAUCAAAGACGUUUGCCGAAGAAUAACAGUGAAAACGUUAACAUUCAAAGUGAUGGCGAAGAUAGUGGUGUUGACAACAACACACACAACAUUUCACGGGGCUAUACAUCUGACUCAGAGCUCGAUGUUAUUAAAACAAUUGAACCCAAUCUUAAUAAUACAUUCAGAUUUUUUGCGGACACAAAUAGUAAUAAAGAUUUAGCACAGAAUUUGUUACCAAAUUAUAGAAUCCUUGAUUUGGAAGCCUUCGAAAAGAGUACAGAAAUAUUGACUCUAAUUAUAAGAGAGGUUUUACCAAAUAAUGUCAAAAAUAUUCAGCCAAUUGUUAGUGAAUCUAAUGUUUAUACUGUCGCACAAUUAGCAGUCGAUGCGCUGCAGAAGUUUGUUGAGGCGUCCAUUAAGAUACAGAUAAGUCCCGGAAAAACUGGUCAAUUAAGAAGAUCUGCGACACAAAAAUUUGGCGGAGAUUUACGCAAAACUCGUACCAAAUCUCGAGCCGACGCUUCAAAUAAGUCUAGACUUUCACGGAUUGCAAACGCUAUCCUUUCGUCGAGUGAGUCCGAAGAUGAUGACGAAGUGCUGCCCAUCAGUGUUGCCCAUCAAAGUCAACCCAAGUUUUCAUCAGUUACUGAGACAUGUGCUCUCAAACUGUUAGAUUUAAUGCAUUAUUUUCAUUUAAACGCUGCCCUAACCGUUGAGAAUACGAGUUCAGAAUUUUUGUGGUCAACUCUUUGGUGUCCUUUACUUCAAGGAAUUGCAUUAUUUUGUUGUGAUUCUCGACGACCGGUGCGCACGUGUGCCCUAACUUUCCUUCAAAGAGCACUUCUGUUACACGAUCUUAAAGUAUUAUCAGCCUCUCAAUGGGAAAGUUGUUUUAAUAAGGUGUUGUUUCCAUUGCUAUCAAAAUUGUUGGAUCCAAUCAAUAUGUGUGACCCGAUAGGUAUGGAUGAAACUCGUAUGCGAGCAACAAAUCUUCUCUGUAAAGUGUUUUUACAACAUUUGACGCCAUUAUUAACUCUAUCGACAUUUACUGCUCUUUGGCUAACAAUUCUUGACUUUAUGGAUAAGUAUAUGAAGGCUGAUAUGCAAACAGAUCUUGUCAAAGAAGCGAUUCCAGAAUCCCUUAAGAAUAUUCUGUUGGUGAUGGAGACGGCCGGCUGUUUUAACGACACAUUGGCAGCAAUUACUUGGGACAGAAUCGCCAUAUUUUUACCGAACUUACAUCAAGAUAUAGUUCCGCCACAAAUCAAUGCUAACGUAGACAACAAUAAUCAAACAACAAAUGAAGAAAUGUCUCAAACUAAAGAAUCACAAAUUGAAGCAACUGUUGCAUCCAAUUAUGAUAACCCAAUAAAAAACACUCAAAUUAGUCCAACUCGUGUUCCGGAAGUUCAACAACAUUUGGAUACCGUUCCGCCGAAUCCUUAUAUUGUUCCAAAUUCGACAUUUAUUAAUAUGGAGGACAUAUCCAAAACACAAUAUAAUUCAAUGUCUGAUCAAAUCAACGCAUUGCACAUAAACACAGUCACACCAAUAUCUCCUCCAACUCAGAUACCUUACCAUUCAAUGACAUCGUUUCCGGGAACGAUUGAACCAUUUAUACCAAUGACUGUCACAUCAAAUGUUCAGCAAAGAGACCAAAAUUAUCCGUCAAAUGUUCAGAUGUCAGCCUAUCCCUGGCCGGCACCCAGUGAUCAACAAACUAACUAUUAA